AUGACCAAGGACAGGUGAGUUUGCAAACAAUAUUUUGUUGCAACAAGAAUAUUUGAUACCUUAAAGUUUUUGGGAAAAAAUUCAGCUCAAAGAUAAGAAUCAGAAAUUUUAAAGUAAUUAUUUCAAUUUGAGCUACAGGCGGAGCCAGUACGAUAUUUUCAGAUUGCUCAAAUUCAGAGCUCUGAUUUGCUCAGAGUAAGGCGGUCAUUUAAAGCCUAAAUAAAGUAUUGCUCAUAUUAAUAAUUUGAAAUGAAGCCAAGUUUAGCCGCAUUGCUCAUUUUAAGUGCAUAAUUAAGGAUUUCAUUCUUAAUUUCGAGAAUUCUCAAUCAAACCCUAUGCAGCAAAAUUUCAUCAAAUUUUUUUCUAGAAAAAUUUUCCUGAAUUUAUUUUCCAAAAAUUUUAGGCUCACUCCUAAACUAAUCUAUUAUAUUUUCAGAUUGGCCGCUCUGAAAGCGGCACAAUCCGAAGAUGAACAAGAUGAGGAUAUGCACAUGGAUACUGGAAAUGCACAGUAUAUGGAGGAAUUCUUCGAACAGGUUUGAUUUUGGAAAUUUUCUGUAGAUCAAAAAAUGUUCCCCAUUUUGAUGUUUUUUGUUGAGCCAAGAAAAAAAUUUAAAUUCCUUCCGAAAAAUUGUCACGGUUUCCCAGGAUACUUAUAUAUCAUUCAUGAAUUCAAGUCAAGUCAACGCACUUUUCAUUGAAUAUUUUACGAUUAUAGAAGAAGGGGAGGGAUUUUAAGCUACCUUUUUACUGUAAUACAAAUCUAAAGACGAUUAUAUAAUUUACUUCAGGUAGAAGAAAUCCGCGGAAGUGUAGAUCUGAUAGCAAAUAAUGUGGAAGAAGUCAAAAAGAAACAUUCAGCAAUUUUGUCGAAUCCGGUGAAUGAUCAAAGUGAGUUUUUUCAAACAUCAGCAACACGAUAUUUCUCAGAGUAAGGCAGUCAUUUUAAGCCUAAAUAAGGUAUUGCUCAGAUUUAUAAUUUGAAUUUGAGCCAAAAUUUGCAACAUUACUCAUUUUAAGUGCAAAUUUUUCAGAGACAAAAGAAGAGCUUGAUGAACUUAUGGCAAGUAUUAAAAGAACGGCGAAUAAGGUGAGGAUUUAGAUUUUUCUGAAGGAUUUAGUGAACAACAAACACACAAACAAAUUAGCAUCAUUGAUGAAGAAAGCAAAUUGUGCUAGAAUACCUAAAAAUGUACAAUUUAGGUUCGUGGAAAACUGAAGCUUAUUGAAAAUGCCAUCGAACAUGAUGAAGGACAAAGUGCAGCGAAUGCUGAUUUGAGAAUUCGAAAAACUCAACACAGUACUUUAUCGAGACGUUUUGUUGAGGUUAUGACCGAUUAUAAUAAGACACAAACUGAUUAUCGAGAGAGGUGUAAAGGAAGAAUUCAGAGACAAUUGGAUAUUGGUAAGGCGUUGAUUUGAGAAAUUGUUUGAAAGGGAAUAGGGUGAUUAGGAUUCGAAGUUCAAAAAAUUGGAUCAGAAUUUUAGAAACUUUUGUUAAAUUUUUGGGAAAAAUUAUAUAGCUCUCUGAAAUUUUCUGAUUCUAGAGAACACCACAAACCACUGUUUUGAGAGCACGAACUUUUGAGUUUUGAAAACUUGGUCCGAACUUUGAAGAGUAUGAAUUCCGAAAAUUUUUGAAGUCUUAAUUUCACAGUUUUUGAGGCCUCAGAGGUGUCACUGAAACCAAAAAAAUUCAAUGCAAAAGUGAGAGAUUUAGAGAAAAAUAUCUUUGAUCUACCAGAAAAAUAUUUGAAAAAUUUAAGGUUCAGAACUCUAAGAUCUAGAUUUGAAGCCUAGAUCUGAAAUUACUGGAUUCUGAAUUUCGUUGUUCAGCUCCCUCCCCCUUCACCUCCUUUUCCAAUCUUUUUUUUCAGCCGGUAAACAAGUUGGAGAUGAAGAUUUAGAAGAAAUGAUCGAAUCUGGAAACCCUGGUGUUUUCACGCAAGGAAUCAUAACCGAUACUCAACAAGCAAAACAAACAUUAGCAGAUAUUGAAGCUCGACAUAAUGAUAUUAUGAAAUUAGAAAGUAGUAUUCGAGAAUUACAUGAUAUGUUUAUGGAUAUGGCUAUGUUGGUUGAAAGUCAAGUGAGUUCUAAGAUUUCAGGAAAAACAAACAAAAUCAUGGUUUAGGGAGAAAUGGUUGAUAGAAUUGAAUACAACGUUGAACACGCCAAAGAAUUUGUGGAUCGAGCUGUGGCGGACACGAAAAAAGCAGUUCAAUAUCAAUCAAAAGCAAGAAGGGUAAGUGGUAUUCAGAAAAGAGUCUCAUCGUGGUGGUGGUAGAUACAAAGAUAUAUAUUAGUGGAGAAUCAUUUUUGCAGAAAAAAAUUUAUAUUUGCUUGAUUCUUGUGAUUGUUGUGCUUGUCGUCGUAAUUGCUAUUGUAAUUUGGGUUAUUGUUACUAAUGCCGGUGGAAAAAAAGUGAUCAGUAGUGUUUUGCCAGCGUCUGAAUCUUCUUCUUCAGCUUCAACUUCGGCACCAACUAGAUAUCGUGUUUAGUUAUUUAAGGAGACAACUUUUGUUUUGGAAUCACUGUAGGAACCAGGGAAUUCUUGAAACGUAUGAUGAAAAUUUCGAAAUCAUGGUUGAAACCUUUUUCGGUACCUCCUGAAAUACAGAAACAAGAUAUAUGAAAUUUACCGUUUAAAAUUCUAGGUCCAAGUUACAAGGCUCGAAAAAUCUACAGAAUUGGCACCAAAAUUGGAGCGAAAUCUAUAGAUUUCCCCAAUUUUGUAGCGCCCGGUCCAUUUCUUGAAUUUUUUGAGCAUGGUUUCUGAGAAUAAUUAGCAAUUUUUAGCCAGUUCCAAGAAAGGUUACGAUAAUCCAAAAGUGCUCUAAACUUUUGGGUCUUUUCCAGCUGAAAACUGAAACUUCAGUGAUUCCAAAAUUGGCUGUCUUCUUCUUAUAUAACUUUUUGUCAUUGUGUUUUGUGAAGCUUUAAAAUGUUGUCUUGUCCUGUCCUGUGAUACUUGUUGUACAUACAUACAUUCAUAAAUAUUUUUUUCUUCUAAUUCUCAUUUACUAUUUGGGGUAUUUUGCAGAAGAAGAUUAUAAUUUUGAUCGUCGUCACAAUCAUCAUCAUAAUUGCAACAUUGAUGUUGCUCCCAUAUAUUCCAGGAAUUUGA